CCGAGAAACUAAUAAUUAUGGAUGACAAAGGCACAAAUAUUCCACACCACAUUCUCGGACCUUACAACGAGGGAUCCAGCGUGAAUAUUACCUGCAUCGCCACUGGAGGCCGUCCAACUCCCAGAGUGACGUGGUGGCAGGAGAAUGCUUUGCUGGACGAUUCGUAUGAGCAAGUGCCGGAUCGUCGAGUGCAGAAUGUUCUUCGUCUCGAGAAACUAGGGCGACGGCAUCUUCACACUGAAUUCACAUGUCAGGCCAGCAACAACAAUUUGGUGGCGCCCAUUUCCAGCACCGUCUCUCUCGACAUGAACCUUCGACCUCUGUGGGUUAGACUGCAGGGAGAAAAUCACCCCCUCUCAGCUGACAAUACGUACGAGUUGGAAUGUGAGGCUGUGGGAGCAAGACCACCCCCGGUGAUGAGCUGGUGGAAGGGCAGCAUCCCCCUGCGAAACACCAGAGAAACUACGAGUCCUGACGGUAACACGACGACAAGUACGGUAACAUUUGUGCCCACCAUGGAAGACAGCGGGAAGAUCCUGACAUGCCGAGCCAACACUCCACUUAUUGACGAGAGUACCCUGGAGGAUGGCUGGAAACUCAACAUCCACCAUGUGCCAAUUGUGAGCCUGGAACUUGGGAGUAAUCUCAAUGCCAGUUCAAUACGAGAAGGAAUUGAUGUGUACUUCGAGUGUAACAUAAAGUCGAACCCUUGGGUGUACAAGGUCAGCUGGAGACACAAUGGCAAAACGCUGUUCAACAACGCAAGUAUGGGUACAAUCGUGAGUAACCAGAGCCUGGUCCUCCAGUCAGUAACAAGGGCUCGAGCUGGUCUCUACACGUGUGUGGGCAGCAAUCAGGAAGGUGACGGCGAAAGCAACCCCGUCUCUCUGGACGUGAAAUUCGCUCCAGUGUGUAAACCGGGUCAGCAGAAAGUCCAUGGCGUUGCCCGGCAGGAAGCAGCAAAGAUCCUCUGCGAGCUGGAAGCGAACCCACAUGAUGCGGUCCACUUCACCUGGAAAUUCAACAAUACAGCCGAGAUCAUUGAUAUUCCUGCUUCACAUUUCACUACAGACCGAGCCCGUAGCAUGGCCUCUUAUACUCCCAUGACAGAGCUUGAUUACGGCACGCUUCUCUGCUGGGGACGCAAUGAACUCGGCGCUCAGAAAGCACCCUGUGUCUUCCACAUCAUUCCAGCAGGAAAGCCAGAUGGUCUACAAAACUGCACAAUAUUAAACCAAACAGCAGAAUCACUGCAUGUAGAAUGUACAGAUGGUUUUGACGGUGGACUACCUCAGGAAUUUAUUAUGGAAGUUUACGACGCAGUGACCCAGAAUCUCGUCACCAAUGUGACCUCAAGAGUGCCAGUGUUUACAGUCAAUGGACUGGAGUCUGGUCUUGGUUUUGAUAUAUCCCUGUAUGCAGCCAAUGCAAAGGGGCAUAGUGAUCCAGUGCCUCUCCAUGCUUACACAUCAAAAGCAGCAGAGAAGCACACAGGUUGGUCAGAUAAACCGCAGCCUCCUGAGAAAUGCACGAUCAUACACCAGACAGUCAGUUCGCUGAGAGUAGGUUGCUACACUCCCCCUGAGGUUCUUCACCAUGAUCACCCUGAUGAUGUCCCCACAACCUAUGUGCUGCAAGUGUUCGACGCAGAUACAAGGCAUCUGGUAGCCAGUGCCACGUCUCUGACAGCAGGGAUGCUGGAGAUAACAGAUCUGCCCACCAACCACAGGGGUCUCAUGUUAUCUGUUCGCACAGUGACAGCUCAUGCCAUGAGUGAUGCUGUGUCCAUCUACGCAAUAUUGCCCAAACAACAAGAUCACCGUGGUGCUGCAACACCUGCAAUUCUGCACAUUACACCAAUCCUAGGGGUUCUCAUUGGUGUUGUCACUGCACUAGUGCUUGUAGCUGUCAUCAUAGUGGUAGUGAUGCGGCUCCGAGGUCACGGGGAUGAAGAUGUGAAAGAGCACGAAGAUGGUAGUGGUAACAGUGGGAGAAGAGCAACACCACCUGGAGGUGACAAAGCCAGCUCUAUUCCGCUCAACAAGGACACAGAUGAAAGCAUGGAUAGUAUGGAUGAAAAAAAUCCUGACAUCAUUCCUCAGAACAGUGAUACAGAUUAUCAAGAUCCAGAUGAAAAAGCAUUUGAGAAGCUAAAUAAUGCUCCAAACAGGAUCUAUGCUAAUAUGACAUCACGGCUACAGUCAUCACCAAAUAAUGGCAUGUAUGAGAACACCAACAACAUCAUGAACAUCCCCAAAACUAAUGAUGAAAUCACGUAUGCAGAACUGUCGCCAAUGUAUGGCACAUCAACUCUCAGACGUCAGCAGUCACACCAAGAACCAACGGUCUAUGCGCAGAUUGAUGUGAGCAAGAAAUUGGCCCCAGUCACAACUUCAGCUCCAGAAGGCUGUCAUCCCUCAGCACUUCCCCUGCUGCACCAUCCCCAUCUGACUGCAUACCAGCAGCCCCUUCAUGUCCUGCAGCAACGCCCCCCCAGGCCUUGUGAUGAGCCCCUCCCUGAUCAGCAGGCUGAUGUCGAGACGCCUCUCAUCUCUCGCACAACAUCGACACCACACAGAGAAAGCACGGUGGGACACCAGCAUCCCAUGUCAGAACCAGGAGGGCGAAUUCCCACAUCUCAAGGUCCCCGUGUGACAACUACAAGGUUCUGACUGUCUAAUGCUGAAGUAUGAUGCACAUUUCAUCAGAUCAUGAUGAAUCAAUUUGUACAGUAGUAAACCAGCCAGACCACAGUACAAGUGAAGGAAAGAUGAAUCUGAGAGCUGAGUUAUAUGGAGUAUCACAAGAAAACAGAGAAUUUCGCUAUCUGAAUUCUUCUUCAGUGGCCAUCAGUCAAUUUAAUAUGUACAAGUAAUCUGUGUGUGUGUGCAGGGGACAGAAAUGUUCAGUGUGUCACUCCAACUGAAGGCAAAAAAUCUUGAAUCGUUUUCUAGGCAUAUUCAUUUGGAAGAGUAAUAUAGAAACAUUGAUUACUGAGCGUUAUAAUGGUCAUGACCAGAUUCGUUUUCUGCUUCUGAUAUCUCUAAGCAGGUUCAGAGAAGAAAUUAAAACCUCAACUUCAGUUCAUGUUGGCUGCUGAUGUAACCAGUGUGUGAAACCGCUAAAUCCAAAGGAAUUUAAGACACUGAAAUAAACAGUGAAUUAUGUAAACAUUUUCUUAUUCUAGUUUAAUAAAACAAGGAAAAUGACUUGCAGGGAAGGGAUCUGAGUGAUUUUUGUUUCUCAGAAUUUAAAAGUGUCAUACUCCAAGACUAUAACUUUUUUAAGGAGGUUAACUAUAUAGAAUAUUAUUCCAUUUGUACUACAAGAAAACAGUGAUAUUUGUAUCUGCAAAACCUCACUGUUGUUUGUAUGCCGAGAUGGGGUGCAUUGUCAGUCUAUUCUGAAUUUUUUAUAUUCAUCAAGCCAAAUGAGUUUUGAAAGAGAUCAAAAUCUCAUUUUUUUAAGUGUGAUUGAGUAUGAGUGAUUUUAAAUGAAUGAGUGUCUGCAAGAGAAAUGACUUACAUAAAGCAAAGUAAAUGCUUAAACAAUCCAUUUUCAUAGGCAUUUGUCUUAAAAUUUUGUUUUUUUUUUUCUGAGGGAAUGUGCAAAAAAGGUAGAAGAAGAUUUAUUUACAAUAUGAGUAUUAAGUGGUAAUAUUCCAAGAAAAGUGGGGUUGAAUUUAUCCAUAUUAAGACAUAUACAUGGCCACAUUUAUAAACAUUUUAAGGUUUCUGAUUUUUACACAAAAGCUUUAUGACAUGUAGAGUAAAGAGACAAAAGUAAAGGAAGACAAUCAUGAUAAAAUGACUGCAGGAUAGACAAGAACUAUUAACAUAAGUAUAUAUAUUUAGGUUUAAUUUCCCAACACUUUUACAGGCAUUUUGUGUUUAUGUUAAUUAUCUGUUAUUUAAUCAGUGUGAAUUCAGUCACAGACAAGGUAACACAGUUCAGUUAUUUUAUGUACUCUUCUAGGCUAUGACAUAUCUUACAUAAAUUACAGUUCUAUAAAAUUAAAAUUCAUAAACUCUGAUUCUUUCCUGGGACUUAAAGGCACAGUCUGCUCAUGAAUGUCCAAAAUUAUAUGAGGCUGUGAUCAUCAUUGCUGUUUCAUGGUUGUGAAAAUAGGACACUUAGAAUUGAAGUGGCAGAAUGUGGUUAUUGGCAGAAGUCACUAGGAAUAGUUUAGUAUAUAAAAAAACAAAGUUAAUGUAAGAUAGAAUUUAAUAUAUGUUAAAUUGAUGGGGUAAUAAAGUGUUGUCACUCUGGCUGAAAAAAACUAUGUAACAAAAUUCCUGGUAACCAUAUAUCAGAAGUGUUAAUGAAGUAUGAUACAGGAAUUGAAAGAUGAUGACAUAAAAGUAGGAAGAGUUGAUAUUGCAAUUCUGAUGAAUUUGGAACUAGUCUAGCCCCUAACUUUGAUGUUAAUGGUCUUGCAGUUUACAGGAUACAGAUCACCCAUCCCUACAUAACAUGCAAGUAUUUUGAUUUGUUUAGAAUGUUUGCCACUUUGCUUAUUACCAAGAGUUUUAAUUAUGAGAUUUUGAUAUGGUUAUAAUAGUUCAUAAACUAAGGACUAAAUUACUUCAACAUAAUAAUAGUAUAGCAUCUUUAGUUUUAAAAGCUUCAUACCUGUAAAACAUCUUAAAUAUUUAGGGAGACAACAUUGGGUAUAUUUCUUCCUACUCUUAUAACCCCAUAGGUGAUACUUUGAACAUAUGUCCCUGCAAACCUAGCAGUGGGCAGGGAUCAACUUAUAAAUUGAAAUUGAAAGAAAGUAAGUACUAGUAAUCAUACUGUGUUUGGGCAUGUCUGAAAAUUUCAGAAGUUUAUACAUAAUUUAAUAAAUUAUGUAAAACAUGCUAAUGUGCUCUUCAAUGCUCUCUCAGUACUAUAAGAGAUCCUACAUAACUAACUAAUGUUUAUUGGCUGUGCAUUUCAUUAUUGUAAUAGUAGCUCAUGUAUGCAGUCCAACCAGCCUCAUGAUGCGCCUUUUAAAAUACUCAUAUAAUUUUCCUUGGCACUACAGCCCCAGUGGGACUAGGCCUACCUCCAUGAACUUCUCCAUUCACUUCGGUUUU